UACGGCGCAAACAACCUAACAUCUGUCUCCAUUCAAAUACAAACAACAAAGAUCCAUGAUGCCACCAACAUCUCUUGUGGUCGUAGCCACCGUCGUUCUCGUGUUGUCCGGUGCCGAUGCGACCGUGGAAACAACCUGCAAGGCAGCGGUUGACAAGGACACUCAUGUCAACUAUGACUUCUGCGUGUCGGAGUUGAGAAAGCACCAUCGGAGCUCCGACGCGGACACAUGGGGGCUGGCCAAGGUAGCGGCCAACAUGGGUGUCAACAACGCUUAUGGCGCCCUCCAUGACAUCGAGGGCCUAGUAGCGAAGCCAAGCACGGAUGCCAAUACAAAGGUGGUGCUUGGACAAUGUCAGGGAUUGUACGACAAGAUGAAGUUCGCGUUCGCCGGAGCCUAUGAUGAAAUCAAUGGUCGAAAUUACGCCGCCGGAAAGGAGGAGGCAGCAAAAGCCGUCUCUCUGGCGCACCAGUGCGAUGAUGCCUUUAUGAAGGUUGCCAUCCCGUCGCCUCUCAGGCAACGUAGCAUCUACUCCAUGCAGAUAGCAAUAGUCUGCACGGCCAUCAUCAACCUUAUCAAGUGAUGAAUAGCAUCAUGGAUCCAAAUCCUGGGAGAGUUUAGAGGUUCGAUCAAACUUGUAGCAUGUACUCUGAACCUUUGUAAGAUACAUGCAAGGAAUAAAACAUGUUUUUUUUAGU